AAGCGCCUGCGCAGUAUAACUGGCCUCUCUGGUUCCUGCGCGCAGUGCCACGUUAGUAGCGGCAUACACAAAAUAAAGGCGACAGUUCAAACUUAAAUCAUAGAAAUACUGACGCCGUCGGGAUCCCCGUCUUUCAUUCAGCCAAAAAGAGAGCUAGUUGUGUAGGGCACUGUAAUCUCGGCGUCUUUAUUUUCACUAUCGAAAACCAGCACAAGUAUGUUGAAGUUUUUGGUACUCUUUGCACUGGCCGCGGCUAGCAGGGCUGAUAUUGCCGAGGAAGAUGAUGUCCUGGUGUUGAAAAAAAGUAACUUCGAGGAAGCGCUGAAAGCUCAUCCCAACAUCCUUGUUGAAUUUUAUGCCCCAUGGUGCGGGCACUGCAAGGCUCUGGCUCCCGAGUACGCAAAAGCGGCUGGGAUCCUUAAGGCCGAGGGGUCUGACAUCCGCCUGGCGAAGGUGGAUGCCACUGAGGAGUCAGAGCUGGCGCAGGAGUACGGGGUGAGGGGGUACCCCACCAUCAAAUUCUUCAAGGGAGGAGAGAAGGAGUCACCCAAAGAAUACUCAGCUGGCAGACAGGCUGAUGACAUCGUGAGCUGGCUGAAGAAGCGCACGGGCCCCGCCGCCACAACCCUGACCGAAGUCACCCAGGCGGAGUCUCUGAUCGCAGACAGCGAGGUUACUGUCAUCGGCUUCUUCAAGGAUGCUGAGUCCGAUGGUGCCAAGGCCUUCCUGAAGGCUGCGGAGGCCGUAGAUGACAUUCCUUUUGGCAUCACCUCUGACGACGCUUUGUUCAGUAAAUUUGAACUUUCCAAGGAUGGCGUUGUCCUCUUCAAGAAGUUUGAUGAGGGCCGGAAUACCUUUGAUGGAGAGAUCAGCAAGGAGAACCUCCUCACCUUCAUCAAGGCAAACCAGCUGCCCCUCGUCAUUGAGUUCACAGAACAGACUGCGCCGAAGAUCUUUGGAGGAGACAUCAAGUCACACAUCCUGAUGUUUGUGCCCAAGGCAGCCUCCGAUUUCCAGGACAAGAUGGACCAAUUCAAGAAGGCGGCCGAAGGCUUCAAGGGCAAGAUCCUUUUCAUCUUUAUUGACAGUGAUCUGGAGGACAAUCAGCGUAUCCUGGAGUUCUUCGGCCUAAAGAAGGAGGAAUGCCCAGCCAUCCGCCUCAUCACCCUGGAGGAUGAAAUGACCAAGUACAAGCCUGACAGCGAGGACAUCACCGCAGACAACAUCAUCUCCUUCUGCACGCUCUUCGUGGAGGGAAAGCUGAAGCCUCAUCUGAUGAGCCAGGAUAUCCCUGAGGAUUGGGACAAGAACCCCGUCAAGGUCCUCGUCGGGAAGAACUUUGAGGAGGUUGCCUUUGACCCAGCUAAGAAUGUCUUCAUUGAAUUCUAUGCACCCUGGUGUGGACACUGCAAGCAGCUUGCCCCCAUCUGGGACAAGCUGGGUGAGAAGUACAAGGACAGUGGCAACAUUGUUGUGGCCAAGAUGGACUCAACUGCCAACGAGAUUGAGGCCGUCAAGGUCCACAGCUUCCCCACGCUCAAGUUCUUCCCUGCUGGAGAUGACCGCAAGGUGAUCGACUACAAUGGGGAGAGGACGCUGGAGGGCUUCACCAAAUUCUUGGAGAGCGGAGGCAAAGAGGGCGGUGCACCAGCAGGAGAGGAGGAUGAGGAAGAGGAUGAAGAUCUGACCGACCUUGAGCAAGAGGAUGACGACUCCGACGGUGAAGAGGCACACGACGAGUUGUAAGAGACACCUGGAAGAGACACGCCUCCCCCGGCCCCACCCUGUCCUGUGAACACUGACCCCUCUCUUCCCAGCUGCUUCAGUCACCAGCCAUCACAGGAUCCCUCGGCUGCCACUCAGACCACAACUCCAAACCUCUACCCUCCGGCCCAGACAGACCCACCUCUCGCCUCUCACAGGAACUCGGCACUGAAAUGGCACCUUGUGGGGGGAUGCUCUUCAAGGAAUUUUGCAUAGUGCUUU